GAUUUUUAUCAUCAUGUCAACACAUAGCUAUCCCACUUCGUAUAUCAUCCAAACCUUUAUCAAUCAGCCCUCUCAAUACGAAGAAGAUAACGCCACUAUCGAUAUUGCUUCUACCGGCACCUUUUCAACCUGGAGCCGACGCGUCAGCGAAGUUGAAGUUCUCAGUCAAGGACCUGUGAAUGCACGCCCUUUGAUCAACGACUACGAAUACAACUACGAGUACGAAUACGAAUACGGCUACGAAUACGAAUACGAGUACAACGACGACUACAACUACAGCUACGGCUACGAUUACGAACGAUACAACGAAUACGACUCAAACAAAAAAAAGAACAAAAAUAGGAGAUGA